CGAAUGUCAGUGGGGUGGGCGGUGGCGUUGUCGGUCGUUGCGAAUGCGAACCUACCGAGUUUGAGUUUUCUUCACAAUCUCGCUACCCUGCCUGCCUGUUGCACAGCCUCCUUGUACGAGACAUUUUUAUCCUGUCACCAACAAACCUUCUGGCCCGCCUAGCCCUCCCUAUCAGCCUUGUCUUUCAAUGCACGCCAUCGUCACUGGGCUGGGCCUACAGUACACAGUACAAGAUUGUACUCGUUCGACCACGUUCGCUCUCCGUCACCCACAAACCCCGUUCAAAAGGAGUUAAAUCCCACCCGCUGGUACGGGUCAACUCCUUCGCGACGGAGACGUUGAUGGAUCCACAAACAUCCUUCGAGAAGGUGGAGAUGAUUGUUGAUCGCAUUGUACCAU